AAGACGGAUGCUGCCUGGAGGUGAAGCUGCAGCUUCUCCAGUCGUCUUUGACGUUCCUGCUCCCACACUGCGUUUCCCCCCUCCGUCUAUGUCUGACUGAGCACUGACACGUCCGUGUGGGCUCCCUGGGAGCGUGUGACAUGGAGACGGGUCCUGCGUCUGCCCACUCCUGAGGGGCUUUGGGGUACCUUAUCAACCGCAGCAGCCUGCCUAUCUGCCUGCCUGCCUGCCUGCCUGGCUGACCGACCGACCAGGGGAAGACAUCACCUUGAGGGGAAGUGGCUCCAGUAUGAGCUUGUUGUCGAGUGUUGAUGGGACUGCGUUGUCUCCCACUGGUGCUUCGGCUCGUGACCGUAGGGGAGGCUGAACGUGUCGGGCAGGGACGAGGAAGAGAGGGGAUCGGGAAGGGGGGUCGGGUCGAGAUUACUGAGGUCGAUGAGGAUGAAUACGAUGAAGAACAUUGUCCCAUUCACGAAAGUGGUUGCUAGCGCUGGUUCUUAUCAGGCUGCUCCAGGCUCAGAGCACUGGUCAGGUGUUGGAGGCUGAUGGAGACUGUGAACCUGAAGGAGCCCAGUAUCAAGAGGGUGAAGCCCCUUUCCAGAGUCACAUCUCUGGCCAGCCUCAUUCCUCCAGUGAAGACUGCACCACUGAAACGGAUUGGACAGACUCUGCAGCGGUCCAUCAGCUUCCGGAGCGAGAGUCGGACGGAGAUCACGGCCCUGCGCCCCUGGAGCCGCCCCGCCCCCCCAGCCGUGGCGAAGCGGCGUGACAGCAAGUUGUGGAGCGAGACCUUUGACGUGCGGCUCGGACACCAGACGCUGUCCUCCAAGGAGAUCAAACGGCAGGAGGCCAUCUUUGAGCUGUCUCAGGGGGAGCAAGACCUGGUGGAGGAUCUGAAGUUGGCCAAGAAGGCUUACCAUGACCCCAUGCUCAAGCUGUCUAUCAUGACAGAACAGGAGCUCAACCAGAUCUUUGGGACCCUGGACUCUCUCAUACCCUUACAUGAAGAUCUGCUGAGUCGGCUGAGAGAGGCCCGUAAACCCGACGGCUCGACCGAACAUGUGGGACACAUCCUGGUGGACUGGCUGCCGUGCCUGGACUUGUACAACAGCUACUGCAGCAACCAGGUGGCCGCCAAGGCCCUGCUGGACCACAAGAAGCAGGAUCACCGGGUCCAUGAUUUCCUCCAACGCUGCCUGGAGUCCCCCUUCAGCAGGAAGCUGGACCUGUGGAACUUCCUGGACAUCCCACGCAGCCGAUUGGUCAAGUACCCGCUGCUGCUCAGGGAGAUCCUGAAACACUCGCCCAACGACCACCCCGACCGUCAGCACCUGGAUGAAGCAAUCAGCAUGAUCCAGAAUAUCGUGGCAAAGAUCAACAGGCAAACUGGGGAGUCCGAGUGUCGCUUCUACAAGGAGCGUCUGCUCUACCCUGAGGACAGCCAGAGGGACCUGCUCAUAGACAGCUCCCGGACACUCAGCUGCCACGGGGAGCUCAAGAACAACCGAGGAGCGAAGCUGCACGUUUUCCUGUUCCAGGACGUGCUGGUCAUCACAAGGGCCAUCACCCUCAACGAGCUGCUCCGUUACCAUGUCUACCGCCAGCCAAUCCCUGUCCGCCUGCUGGAGUGGGAGGACCUGCAGGACGGGGAGAUCCGCCUGGGGGGGUCGAUCCGCGGGGCCUUCAGCAACAACGAGAGGACCAAGAACUUCUUCAGGGUGUGGUGUCGUAGCGGAGGCCAACUCCAGUCCCACUCUCUCCAGGCCAGCGACGCCUUCAACAAGCAGCAGUGGCUCAACUGCAUCCGCCAAGCCAAAGGAGCAGCCCUGGAGGUGGCCGUGGGUCAAGGGACACGCGUGCAGUCGGUCCCCAAGCCACAGGGGACCCCUCCCGCACGGGAGGAGGGGCGUGUGGAGAGUACCAAGCCCAUAGCUAUGGACCACAGUGACAGUGAGGCCUCAGAGUGCAGUAUGGACACGAGCGAGGCGGGCUCCGACUGCCCUCAGAUGGAGCACACAGACUCGAGCUGUCGGGCGCAAGCCGUGUGACCUCAGGAGGGAAGGAGGGUGUGGGCAGGAGAGGAGAACCUGUGCAGUAUUGUAACUUGGCCAUUCCCAGUAUGAGGGGAGGUGAGGGGGGGGGGGGCAAGAAGACAGUGUAGCAUUGUACAGAGCACUUCACAUCUUUAGCUUUUGACUUCAGGUUUACUUUGGAUUUCACACUUUCUUUCGUCAAUCACUGGUCGGUUCCUUUGAGACUGUGGUGUCGAGUUCGGUGCAGGCAAUCCAGUGUUACUUUGCUGUGUCUCCAUGGCAUGGAUCUUGGUUAUGUGUGUGUGUUCAUGUGAUAACUGGGACCUCCUGAAGGUUAAGUGAGUUUCCCUUGAUUUUCUUUGUAACUCUGCUGCAUCCUCAGCCUUACCACCAUCCCCUCGUGAAUCAUAACAGACCUUGAUUGAGAGUCCUUUACAAAUUCUUGAGGUAUGUUUGAUAUAAUCAUCUGGGCAUACCAGCCAAAGGAGUUUGUGCACAAUGGGAAAGGAUCCCAUUGCUUAUGUUUGAUUAAGCUUGUGAACCAACUACAUCUGAUGAAUUUGAAAGCAUUUGCUUAAGUUGGAACAAUCUAAAUCUCAAAGCCAUCUUUCCUGCCCAACCUUAGUGCACUGGUCUACUACUGUCGCUUGAGAAGAAUGACAAUAUUAAGUUAUUCUCCUUUUAAAUAAGAUAUAUGUAUAUUAGUGUACUGUUUGAAUACACACACUUUUCUUCAUUUAUUUUUUACAAUAAUCACCUUGUUAAGACCAGGAGAAUGUUUCCUUGAAGACAAUCUGUGUUGGUGAUAUUGAAAACAGGAUGUGACUCCACUAGUGAACUCAACAAUCCGGCCCUUGAGAGUUGUGAUGGAGAGAGACGGUAUCCAACCCAGGGAUGUUAGACAGUGUUAACCCACUGAGUGUAGGUCCUACUCUGGAAGUCUUUGUGUCUCAGGCAAGGUUACUCGUCAUGAUCUGUCAUCGGUUGUAACUGACUCUAAUGUGGUUAAUGACCACCCAGGGUUAUACACAAAAGACAAUUCCCAGACCAGCAGGUCAGGUUAUCUAAGUAGUAGACAGUUUUGCAGAUCUUAUUUCUGUGUCGGCCUACCUACAGUUUCAUUCCAGUAAAAUGCUAAUAUAUAAAAUGGACAAUCUUAACUAAAGGAGGCUGGAGACAGGGAGAGCUGCCUUUGACAGAAUUGUAGACGUUAGGCCAAUCCCCAGAAGUGAGUCUUCCCUGUGGAGGGGAACCGAGUGACAGAGCUGCAGUAAAGCAGAUUGUUACAUUGCUGUAUGUAUGAAAGGGUUUCAGGUAGUCAUCCUUGAUAUAAGCCUACUGGUUAUCUGUGUGUGUUAGAGAACUCAUUGGAGGAUUUAGUUCAAAGCAGUAUUUGCUCGAGCCAUAACCAGGCCUGCAGAGCUACAAUACAGUCAUCAGUGCUGACCUGCUGUGCUGCUGCAAACACUGGGACUACUCCUUGUUGCCCAAAGGUUUUAUUUUGUAUUAAUUUUGUUUAAAUCGGUUUAACAAAUAUGCUUGACUAAGUGAUUAUGAAAACAUUCAUACCAAAAAUACUGAUGUUUUUCUAUAUGUGUCUUAUAAGAAAAAGAUGUUUAGUGUGUUUAUUUAUAGUUUCUUUUUUCACUUUGACUUGAGGUUAGGCCUGUUCACUUUAUUUUUUUUCGAGAGAGAAGGAAUAUGAAGCGAUUGCACAGGUGAUGUGGAGAAAGGAACCAAACAGGAAGUGCAUUAUGUUGUGUGAGUCUUUGUAUAUGGAAGUAAGCGGUAAAAGGACUGCGCUGGAAGAUACACUAUACAUACGGACUGAGAAAGAUUAACAUGGAAAUGUAAAUAAUGGAAUUCUGACUGUACCAAAUAAAAGAAAUGAACCAA